UUGGAUGAACUUGUUAAGAUUCUUGACUGCAAAGAAUCGAAUCAACAACGGGUCAUCAUCCCAGUUUUUUACAAGGUGACUCCAUCAGAUGUACGGAAUCAUAGAGGUAGUUUCGGGGAUGCAUUGGCUAACAUGGAGUGUAAAUAUAAAGAUAAUAUGGAGAAGGUCAACAGAUGGAGGGAAGCUCUUUCACAAGCAGCAAAUUUGUCAGGGUUCACUCUCUUGGACGAGCAUCAAUCUGAAUCUAAGUUUAUCCAAAACAUCAUUGAAGAGAUUUCAAAACACGUAUUAAACCUUGUGUGUUUGGAAGUGGCAAAGCAUCCAGUUGGAAUGCAAGCUCAAGUACAAUUUAUGAAUAAGCUAAUAGAUUUGGGGGAAAACGAUGUACGUAUGGUAGGGGUAUGGGGAACUGGUGGAAUUGGUAAGACCACAAUUGCUAAAGCUGUUUAUAAUUCAAUUGCCCACAAAUUUGAAGGUUGUUCCUUUUUGGCAAACGUUAGAGAAAGGUCAACGUCGCAUGAAGGUUUAGCCAAACUGCAAAAGACUCUUCUUUUUGAGAUUCUAAGGGGAAAAAAAUUGAAGGUGACCAAUGUUGAUAAAGGAGUCACUAUGAUAAAGGAAUGGUUGAGGCGUAGAAAGGUUCUCUUGGUUCUUGAUGACGUGGAUGACAUGGAACAGUUACACGAAUUAGUUGGGGCAUGUGAUUGGUUUGGUGCAGGCAGUAGAAUUAUCAUAACAACAAGGGAUAAGCAAAUGUUAACUGCUCAUGAUGUUAAUUUAAUACACGAGGUCAAGAUUUUAGAUGAUGAUAAAGCUCUUGAGCUCUUUAGUUGGUAUGCCUUCAAAAGAAGUGGGCCUCCUUUUGGUGAUUAUGUGAAACUUACAGAACGUGCAAUACGCUAUGCUCAAGGCCUUCCUUUGGCUUUGAAAGUUCUUGGUUCUUGUCUAUAUGGUGGAAGUAUUGAUAAAUGGGAAGCUGCAUUGGAUGGUUUCAAAAGCAAGAAAAUUCAAGAUGUUCUCAAAAUAAGUUACAAUGCAUUGGAUCAUAGCGUACAACAGGUUUUCCUUGACAUCGCAUGUUUCUUUAAGGGUAAAAGUAGAAACUAUGUGACAGAAGCUUGUGAGCUAAACACUAGAUAUGGCAUUGAAGUACUCAUAGAAAAGGCCCUCAUAAGUGUUGAACAUGGAGAUUAUAUUCAGAUGCAUGACUUACUAGAAAAGAUGGGUAAGGACAUAAUUGAGCAGGAGUCGCCCACUGAACUCGGAAAACGUAGCAGAUUGUGGUUUCAUGAAGAUGUCAAGCAUGUCCUGACUAAUAACACAGGAACAAAUAAAAUCACAGGUAUCGUGUUAAAUUUCCCCAAACAAGAUGAUGAGAUAUUCUUGAAUGUUGGCAGAAGCUUCUCGAAGAUGAAAAAUCUUAAAAUUCUCAUAAACUACAAUGUAUACCUUUUUGGAGACCCCAGUUCUAUCCCAAACAAUUUGAGAGUGCUUGAAUGGCAUGGAUGUCCGUUCCAAUCCUUUCCAGCCAACUUUCGUCCAGAGGGACUAGUAGUGCUCAAUCUGCCUGACAGUCGCAUCAAACAACUAGGGGAGGGAUUGAAGCAUUUGACAAAGUUGACAUCUCUGAAUUUCGAGGGAUCUCAAUUCCUAAUUGAAAUCCCCGACCUAUCCGGCUGCCCAAACUUAAGGUACUUGAAUGCGAAACGUUGUACAAGUUUAGUUGAGGUUCAUCCAUCUGUUGGAUAUCUUGAUAAACUUGAAGAACUGGACUUUUGUUUCUGCCUUAAACUCAGCAAGUUUCCAAAUAAGGUUGGGUUGAAAUCUCUGAGAAGAUUUUUUCUUAUUUCUUGCAUAAAGUUGGAGAGUUUCCCAGAAAUUGUGGACAAAAUGGAAUCCUUAAAUGAAUUGGACCUUUGGAGAACUCCUAUAAAAGAGUUGCCUGCAUCAAUUGGACAUCUGAUUGGGCUGAAAAGAUUGGGCUUAAGAGGAAGUGCUAUAAAAGAGUUGCCUUCAUUCGUUGGAAAUCUCACUACCCUGAAAGAGUUAUCGUUAGGUGGAACUGCUAUAGAAGAGUUGCCUUCAUCAAUUGGAAAUCUCACUGCGCUUGAACGCUUAGAUUUAGAAGGAUGUGAAAACCUUGCAAAUCUGCCACAAAGUAUUUAUGGGUUGCAAAAUCUCAAAUGGGUUUGCGUGAGUGAUUGCAUAUCACUAGAAAGAUUUUCAACAUUGUCAAAGAUAUUGGAAGACGGAGACAUGCAAGGCAUUAGUUACAUGGACUUGUCUAAUUGCCAUAGGCUAUGCCGUAUGCCAGGGUUGGACGUUUCAAAGAUGGCAAAAAUUGUACUGAAUAAUCUGAGGAGGCAUGAGGGGAUUCUCUUUAAACUACCUGUCAGUGGCAGUGAAGUUCCAGAGUGGUUCACUUUUCGUAAUUACUUUGAUGACUAUGAUGAGAGUAAAUUUGAUUACAUUGAUGAUUAUGGCAGGACUGUUCGUAAUUACAAACUUCCUAUUGAAAUUCCUUGGACUUCCAUAUUGGAGAACACAAAAUUGGUUUUGUGUGCUGUUUGGGAAAUUACAGAAUCAUUUGUUAACCCUUGUUCUCUUAGAUUUGAAUUGUAUGAUUAUCUAGAUACGGUGGAUGUGUCUAGAGGAGAGAUAGGGGCAGGUAAUGUGUGGCUGGAAUGUUUUCGAAUUUCUUAUUAUGAACAAUUAAAGACGCCUACUUUUCGAGUUAAAGUUUCGGGCCAAGGGUUGCGCAUCAAAAGCAUUGGGGCCCACCUGGCUCCUGUCAGUAUGUCAAUGGAUGGUGAUGAUGAUGGCAAACAUAUUGAUGAAAAUGAAUUAGGUGAUGAAGUUCGACCCAGAACGAGAACAAAGAUAUAA